CGCUGUUAGCGCAAACCGCGGCGUUCCGCGCAGAGCGAACGAUAAAAGGAGCGGAGGAGGGAGGCCCGAAGAUGUCGAAGGGCCCUGUGCCAAGUUCCCCAGCUCCUUCCUCCGUUUCUCCGGCUGCAGCUGCUGCUGGCGCACUGCAAGCCCAGCCCGAGAAGCCGCAGCACUACACGUACCUGAAGGAGUUCCGGACUGAGCAGUGUCCUCUAUUUGUUCAGCACAAGUGCACCCAGCACCGGCCAUACACUUGCUUCCACUGGCACUUCGUAAAUCAGCGUCGGCGGAGGUCGGUGAGAAGGCGAGAUGGGACCUUUAACUAUAGCCCAGAUAUCUACUGCACAAAGUACGAUGAAACCACAGGCCUGUGCCCAGAGGGAGAUGAAUGCCCCUUUUUACACAGAACAACAGGAGAUACAGAGAGAAGGUAUCACCUUCGUUACUACAAGACUGGCAUUUGCAUCCACGAGACUGACUCCAAAGGUCAUUGCACCAAAAAUGGUCAGCAUUGCGCCUUUGCCCACGGCCCCCAUGACCUGCGCUCCCCUGUUUACGAUAUCAGUCUACCAGGUGCAGCAUGGGAACCUAAAGGGGACCUGAUAUGUACCUGGGAGUUGCAGGCAAUGGAAGCUUUACAGAACGGGCAGCCAACCCUAGAUGGAAGCAUUGAAGGACAAACGGCUGUUGCUGCCAGCCAUGCCAUGAUAGAAAAAAUCCUGGGAGAGGAACCACGAUGGCAGGAUACCACAUAUGUCCUGGGACACUACAAGACAGAGCAAUGUAAGAAGCCUCCUCGAUUAUGUCGCCAGGGUUACGCCUGCCCUUAUUACCACAACAGUAAGGACCGAAGAAGGAGCCCACGCCAAAACAAGUACAGGUCUUCCCCAUGCCCCAGUGUUAAACAUGGAGAUGAAUGGGGGGACCCUAGUAAGUGUGAAAGUGGAGACUCUUGUCAGUAUUGUCACACGCGAACGGAGCAGCAGUUUCACCCUGAGAUAUAUAAGUCAACCAAAUGCAACGACAUGCAACAAUCUGGCAGCUGCCCCCGCGGACCCUUCUGCGCCUUUGCACACGUGGAACAGUCUCUCAUGUGCGACGAUCUGCAGUCUCCCUCUGCUGUGUCGAGCCCCACACAAACAGGACCUGUUAUGUACAUGCCAUCAGCAGCAGGGGACUCUGUCCCUGUCAGUCCCUCAAGCCCGCAUGCUCCAGAUUUUAGCAAUGUGUGGGGGAAGAUGAGUCACCUGCCCACAAGUCCAACGUCGGCCACAAUGCUGUGUGCUAGUCUAGGCAGUCCAACGAAUCCCUGCGGGUCUCCCCCUGGCUCACUUGGGAAACCCCAGAGCCUGGAUAACUUAGGUUUCCACACCGACCUUCCUACUAGCUACAAGAAAGCCCCUGGGUGUGAGCGUGAAGACUCUAUGGGGGUUGAAUAUCUUAAGAGCUUCAAGAGUCAGGCGAAAUUAAAACCUCACUCUCUGGAGCACAGGAGCCAGGAUCAACCUCUUCUGCAGUCCAAGCAGGAAGCACUAGGAAUUCUCCCCAUGGGUAGCCCUCUUACCUCUAGCAUCUCCUCCAGUAUCACUUCCAGCUUAGCUGCUACACCCCCCAGCCCUGCAGCCGCUAGUGGUGCCCCAGGCAUGAAUGCCAAUGCGCUUCCCUUUUACCCAACCAGUGAUACAGUGGAGUCUGUAAUAGAAUCUGCUCUGGAUGACCUGGAUUUAAAUGAGUUUGGAGUAGCCGCGCUAGAAAAGUCCUUUGAUAAUAGCACAAUUCCUUCUGGAGGGGGCAUAAUGAUAGGUGGUAGUCUAAUGCAGAGCUCUGCACCAGUGAAUAUACCUGGGUCCUUAGGUAGUUCAGCUUCCUUCCACUCAACUUCCCCUUCGCCUCCUGUCAGCCUCUCGUCUCACUUUCUACACCAGACAUCGGGACCACAUAGCCAAUCCGAUAACACCUUCCUCAGCACGUCAGCUACUCAUGGGUCACUUGGUCUGAAUGGAAUGAAUAAUAGCAUAUGGGAGCACUUUGUCUCUGGCAGCUACUCUCCUGGCACGUCACCUGCAUUCAUGUCUGGACCAGGUGGAGCAGAAUUGUUAAGGCUGCGGCAGGAACUGGAGGACGCCAGCAACACAAUUAAGCAAUGGGAAGAUUCCUGGAAACAAGCAAAGCAGGCCUGCGAUGCCUGGAAGAAGGAAGCGGAAGAAGCCAACGAACGAGCCACAGCAGCAACCAUGGAGUGCGAGCUUGCCCGGGAACAGAGAGACGAGUUAGAACGUCAGCUGAAAUCCUUGCAAGAGGAUCUGGAGAGGAUCCCUGUGGGACAGGACUCCAAGCUACACAACUCUCUGCAUGAGCUGGAGGGUCUUCCUCUCUCUACACUCUAUAGCAUCCAGAAGCAGCUGCACUCCAGUCUGGAGAGAGUCGACAAGGUUGUGUAUCAGCUCCAGUCAGUGAAAUGCCCUAAGUGUCAGGACCAGAACCGAGCAAUGUUACCAUGCCAACAUGCCAUGCUUUGUGAAGUAUGUGCGACUGAGGAGGGAGAGUGUCCGGCAUGCCAGCCCAGCAUACCACCUGUCCUGCAACCGUGACCCUUGCCUGCCUGUACCCAGGCGACUCUGAACUCAUUUUGGAUUUUUAUACACUUAUAUAAAUAUAUAUAUAUAUUCAUACAAUUUGAACCUUAGUGAAGCUGAGCACUUUUAAACAAGAAUCUUUUUCAUUCCUUUGGAACUUGUAUUGAAGACUCUGAAUUCUGUGUUGAAGCGACUCUGUUGUGCCCAUGGAAUUAUUAUUGCGCACGCUACUGAAGUAAAAGUUUGAGAUUUCUCUUUCAGUCUUUUAAGAGGGACCAGUUUUCUGUCUUCAUUUUGUGUAAAUCACAAAUAUUAAUACUUCCUGCAAAACAAAUCUGCAGAGGGCCAUGACGAUUCAUUUUCGAUCUUUUAUGAUAUGAGGAUUAUCAUGGCCUAUCAUCCCCACAGAGGCUUACAGUAAAAAAAAAAAAAAAAAAGACAGUCACUUGUAUGACGAAUACAUAAAUAUGCGACUCACCAGCCUGAAGAAGGACUCUGUCAGGAAGAGAUUAUCUCAAAGAAUCAGCCAUCUUUAAUUAUAUACUGGCGUGUACAGAUUUAAGGCAAUUCAAGAUUUACUGAACAUGCAGCAUUAAAGUGACAGAUUGCUGCCUUUUGACAUUGUAAGGGGAGCGCCCCUAUUCUAUUUCUUAGAAAAAAAUAUUACCAGAAAAGCAUUGUUGACUCAUAUGUAUCUUUUAAUAAGAAAUUCUGACGUCCUCCUAGAAUUAAUAUAAGGUAAUUAAGUGUAUCUUUUUAUUAAGAUCAAACGAAACAAGCAGUAUACUCGUGGUUUUGUUUUUUGGCAGAUUUGUAAAUCAAGCAAAACUAUAGGUUUGUUUUUUUUUGUUUGUUUCUUUCUAAUGACAGUGAGAGUCCACAAAUCUAUUCAUUUACCUAUGGGAAAUACUUCACCUGGCCACCAGGAGGAGACAAAGAGACCCCCAAAAAGGCUUUACAUAUCCCUCCCACUUCCUCUACCCUGCCAGUAGUUAUUUGCCUCAUUUCAUGAAGGUAGGCAGAGAAGAGGUGCUAUGUUUAAAGAUGAUUUCAGCUCUUAUAUGGAUUGUUUUCCUUCAAGAGAGGGCAGGGGAAGUGAGACUGUGUAAAUCUCUUAGUAGAGUAAUGGUCUGUAGGCUUCUGGUAGUUGCUGAGAAGCUUCUCAUGCCUCUUUACCAGCUUUCUGUAGCCAUUUUCCCUCGUUAACCUAGCAGAUGUCAGGACUUUAAGAAUUUCCUGGCUUGGGACUAUCCAGGAUAUUUAGGUGCCUAUGCAAUAUUACAAAGGGUCCCUCUCCCAGUGGGGUUAUACCCAGAUAUUAGCCUUACACAGGGAUUAGAACUAUACAGGGGCUGCUGCCUUUCAUAUUGUCCCACUCAAAAUAUAUCCCUUUCACCUGUUAUCCCUACCUUCGCAGGUUCAGACGCUUCUCAGGUUGCUGACUGUUCUAAAGUGCCCAUUCUACAACUCUCCUCAGGUUACUUCUGGUGCAUGUGUUUUUUCCCUGUGGUUUUUCUGCUCAAUUGCAAUCAGUUUAUGCUGCCCUCAGCGCUAUGCCUAUUGUGGGCAAUAGAAAGAGAAAGCUUAAACAUGUUUCUGGGGAUAGGAGUAGCAGCAAUCUCUGGUGCUGCCACCUUUUUGUGUGACUCUUUAUCUGAGUUAAUCUCUGUGGAAUCUCCUCUUGAGGAUAUUCAGUAGCACAUUAAGUCUCUGAAGACUGCAAAUUAUUUUAUUUAUGAAUCUAUUAUUCAAAUUAUCGGUUUGAAUGCCAAAACUUCUGGAUUUGCAGUGCUGGUGCGUAGAGAGCUCUGGCUUACAUCCUGGUUUGCAGAUAUGGUGUCCAAAUCGAGGUGGUUAUCUCUGGCCUUUAAGGGUAAGUCCUUAUUUAGUCCAGGUUUGGAUUCUAUUAUUUCUACUGCCACUGUAGGUAAGGGGUAGUUUUAACCUUAGGAUAAAAAGUCUUAAUCUAAGGGUUGUGUUGGGGGCACUUUUCGUUCCUUUCAUCAGAACAAGCCCAGAAGUGCUCAACCUCUAGCAAAUCCGAUACCUCUAGGAUUACCUGGAAGCCUUACCCAGUAUGGGUAAGAACAAACAAUCUGAUAAGCCUAACCCUGAUAAGAAAGAGGCAUGAAAGGACAGCCCCCGACCUGGAGUCAGGUGGGGGGGGCAGACUGUUUCUUUUUCGGGAAGUUUGGGCGCAGUCUGUCCAAGACCAUUGGGUUCUAGUAAUUGUUUCCAGGGGUUUUCGCUGUUUUUUAAUGUAGAGGAUUUAAUAUCCAUGGGGGUUGUCGCACCAUCUCAUUAUGGAUUUCAUAUGUCUAAACAAGUUUCUGAAGGUUCCUUCAAGAUAGAAACUAUCAGAUCUAUUCUUCCUCUUGUCCGGUAAGGCCAAUUUAUGACCACCAUAGAUUUAAAGGAUGCAUAUCUUCAUGUUCCUAUUCACAAGGAACAUCAUCAGUUUCUGCAGUUUGCCUUCAUGGACAAGCAUUAUCAGUUUGUAGCCCUGCCUUUUGGCUUGGCUACACCUACGAGAAUUUUCACAAAAUUUCUGUGGCCCCUUACUUGGACGAUAUUUUUGUUCAAGUGCCAUCUGGAGCUCAACGGAAGCAAAUCUUCCUAUCAACAUCUUCGAGCUGAGAGCAAUUUUCAAUGCUCUUCUGGCAUGGCAUCAGUUACGUUCCGUCCGUUUUAUUCGCUUUCAGUCGAACAACAUCAUGACAGUAGCUUACAUCAAUCAUCAGGGCAGAACCCGCAGCUCUGGCAAUGAAGGAAGGCUCACGCAUUCUGCAGUGGGCGCAAACUUACCAUUGUCAUCUGUCAGCUAUUCACAUUUCAGGGGUGUAAAAUUGUGAGGCAGACUUUCUAAGCAGAAAAACUCGGGGAUACUGUGGUGGAGGCUAGGAAGCCGGUUACCAGACGUAUAUAUCACAAGGUGCGGAGAACUUAUCUGUCCUGGUGUGAAGUUAGGAGGUUCUCCUGGCAUAGGGUUAAGAUUCCGCAAAUCCUUCAGUUUCUUAAAGAUGGUCUGGAGAAGGGUUUGUCGGCUAGUUCUCUUAAGGGAUAGAUCUCUGCUCUUUCUUUUUUGUUACAUAAAAGGUUAACUAGGUUGCUGGAUGUUCAGUCUUUAGUUCAAAUUUUUUCUCAACAUUUAGACUGUUUUUUAAACCUGUUGCCCCUCCUUGCAGUCGUAAUCUUGUUUAAAGGGUUCUUCAACAUGCUCUGUUUGAUCCUAUCCAUUGUAUUGAUAUUAAGCUUUUAUUUUGGAAGAUUUUGUUUUUGUUAGCCAUUUUGCUUUGCAUGUGAUCCGCCUUACUUGAUUUUUCAUGCUGAUAAACCUGUAUUACGCACUAAAAUGGGUUUCCUACCUUAGGUGUUAUCCACACAUAAUAAUAAUCAGGAUAUAAUUGUUCCUUCUCUUUGUCCUAAUCCUUCUAAGGAUUGGUUGUUGCCUAAUCUGGAUGUGGUUAGAGCCUUGAAAUUCUAUGUUCAUGCUACUAAGGAGUUUCGUUGUUCUUCUUCCUUCUCAAUUACUGCUCAUUCCACUUGUGCUGUUUCAUCCUCCUGGGCCUUUAAGAAUGAGGCGUUACUAGAACAGAUUUGUAAGACUGCUCUUUGGACCUAAUUACAUACUUUCACAAAAUUCGCCCUUUGGGAGAAAGGUUCUUCAAGCGGUGGUGCCUAGUUCUUAGGACUGCUUUUCUAACUUUCCGUCCCUAUUAAUUUUGUGUCCUCCACAGCUUUGUUAUUGCUUUCCCAAAGGAAUAGAUUAGUGAACUCUCACUGCCAUUAGAAAGAAAACAUAAUUUAUGCUUACCUGAUCAAUUAUUUUCUUUCUUGGCAGUGAGACCAGGAGCCUGUCAUAUUUGUAGUGACGGCAGUCACUACAAAUAUGUGGGAGGGAUAUCUAAAGCCUUGUUGGGGGUGUCUUUGCCUCCUCCUAGUGGCCAGGCAAAGUAUUUCCCAUAGGUAAAUGAAUAGAUUCCUGGACUCUCACUGCCAAGAAAGAAAAUAAGUUAUCAGGUAAGCAUAAAUUAUGUUAUAGGGGGGUUUUUUUUGGACUAUGUCCCAAAGACAAAUUUAACUGGCCUUUAAUUAUUUAAAGUGAUGAAGAGCCAUUGUCUCUCUCUUUAGCAACUGAUAAGUUAAUAAAAUAAAAAAUCAAUACGUUCCUCAUUCAGCUGUUUCACAAAAUGAGUCUCUGUUUGAAUGAGCACAUCCUUAAUAUAUGGCAUGUCUAUUAAAUUAAAUCAAUUAUAUUUCCUUUGCUGCCAGCUCAAUAAUUAGUGUUGCUGCAGUUCAGCUGGAAGAUAUAGGGUAAAUAAGUAGGCCAUAGCCCUUUUGUCAUGACUUUGAGAGGCACUGUGACACUUAAGGGUUUUUUAAUUCCAUUAUCAAAAAACAUACAUGAAGGGUAAAUAGAUCCUUGUAAUAUUAUUGUAUUCAUGUGUUUGUUUUUAUCAUGUCAUUACAUUCCCAUCUAGUCUUUGUUCUCUCUGGUUCUUGAUCAUUAUGGUCAAUUUUUUACAUGUUAUAAUCCCCCCCUCACCUCAUACACCCAAUUUCUGCAUUUCUACAGUUUUUUUUUUUUUUUUUAAAUAUUGAACUUGCUUUUGCUGAGCAAGUUUAGAAAAGACUUGUAUUGGAAUGAACAUGUGAAUUUUGUUUUUUUAUAUAUAAAAAUUAUAUAUGUGGAAUGAUAGAAAAAAAAUACUUAUGAACAUUUUUGAUUCAAGGAAAUAAAGGCUGUUCUAAAUAAA